CAGUGAGCUAGCUUUCUUCUAGCCACAAGGCUAACGCAACGCUAUUUGGAGAUGGCGCAGUAGCGGACAGAGGUGCUGGUUUUUUUUCACAGAGCAGUCCAAGGGAGCGGGGUCGGUCAACUGAGAGCACAGAUGACUGAGAUGAUGACUGACCACGCAGCACCUUGGAACAAAUGACAGACGAGCUCACGUGCAGAAGAUGCCAGCAGCAGGAGAUCAAUCUAACUUGAUUGCCUUUGAGUAGUGAGUGAUGCUGUGGACGGGUCUACCUCCAAUGGAUUCUUAAAGUUGCUCGAAGACAACUACCAUCCACGAUUUUACUGAAGGGAUCUCUUGGUGGAAGUCAGAGAGCGGGGGCCAGUAUGUGGCCCCCCGACCUCGGGCCUCCAGAUGUCCAGCUGACUCUUCCUGGUUUCGGGAGUGUGUUCGAAGAUGGCGAGGACCUUCAGGCUCCGCUGUCUUCCGGCGGCUUCUGUCAGUCAUCCAUACAUUCAGGUGGUCUGUGCUGUCUACCAAGGACAUCCCUGUCCCUGUCCUCCCUGGGGCGUGACCUCACCUCCUUACUCAGCUGUAAGACUAAUGGAUCCCACAUAGAAAAGACUAUGGAGGACUUUGCCACUACAGCACACAUAGACCCUAAAAAUACCCAGAGGUUUGGUUGUUACCCUCAGCCCUCCCUCCCUUUAUCCUACAUGCUCACCAGCUGUACCACAUCUCCUUCUUUCUGCUCCCCCUCGUCAUCCAUUUCCUCUACCUCCUCCUCAUCCUCUUUAUUUUUUGCCUCUUCCUUGCCUCUUUCUGAUGCCAACAACAAAGCGUCUCAGCAACAACGAAAGCUUCACGAAGAGUAUCACUCCAUUAAACAGGAGCCUGCAGAUGAUUUCUUGCCGUGUAAGAGGGAACCGUUUCAAAUGAACAACCAGCAGGGGGAGCUCUUCCAUGUGGGCCAGCCCCUCCAAUGCCAUGAUGGUCAGGACAGCACCCAGACCCCUUUGCACUCCCCGAGGCCUAACGGACCUCUGGGACAGGACCCCAUAGCGGACCAACAUGAGCAGCCGUGUCAUUGGAUCGACUGCAGUGCCACUUACAGCAGUCAGGAGGAGCUGGUGAGGCACAUCGAGAAGGUUCACAUCGACCAGCGUAAAGGGGAGGAGUUCGCGUGCUUCUGGGCCGGCUGCGUGCGGCGCCACAAACCCUUCAAUGCCCGCUACAAGCUGCUCAUCCACAUGAGGGUUCAUUCUGGAGAAAAACCCAAUAAAUGCAUGUUUGAGGGCUGCGCCAAGGCCUUCUCCCGCCUGGAGAACCUGAAGAUCCACCUGAGGAGCCACACAGGCGAGAAACCGUACAUCUGCCAGCACCCCGGCUGCCUUAAGGCCUUCAGCAACUCUAGCGAUCGGGCCAAACACCAGCGUACCCACCUGGACACGAAGCCGUACGCCUGUCAGAUCCCGGGCUGCACCAAACGCUACACCGACCCCAGCUCGUUACGCAAACACGUCAAAGCUCAUUCCGCCAAGGGCCUUCAGGAGAGGGAGGUCAAGGUUCAAGUGCACACAAUCCUGGAAUCAGACAUUUUGAGUGACUGUCUGGCGAGGCAGCAUCUCCACAGCUCCGCCUCUUCCCACCAAGGAAACAGCUCACCUUUAACGGGCUUAGAUGACUUCACAGGUGUUUACUCAAACAGCGGCAGCGUCCACAACAGGGGGAAUUCAGAGUAUCUCCCUCCGUCAGCAGACACCUGCUCCAGGUAUCAGGGCUUAGAGGGAAACUUUGACGCCAACAGCCCGAUAUCUUCGAUAACAAGCCCAGGGAGCAUGAGAGAGGGGAACAGGCCGACAUCGUUGUUCAUGGCCGCUGACGUCAGCCCAGCGAGCUCUUCGUCGGACAGAGUUGAUGUCCGGCUGCAGGGCUACCAGAAAACCUACAGCCACCAACAGCAAGUAUUCUCACAGCAGCAAGGCUGCCUGUAUGGAGAAGGAAAGGUGGAUCAACCAGUGAGCGACGGAGGCUUCGAACCCAGCAGUUACUUAACAAACCCCUCCACCUCUCACUCCACAGGAUUUGACUUGUUGCAGGACCUGCAGGGCCAGGCAGGGGGCGGUUACUCCGUGUCUCCCUGCCCAGACGACAGCUUCCUCUUCCAGGCAGGAGGCGUCGACCGCUGCCUCAAUCAGAUCUACUCCAUCUACCUGGACUCGUGAUGACAGCCCAGAGCCAGACGCAAAAUCAGAAUCACUUUGUUUUUCCCAGGGGACAAAAUGCAGCAUCAGUGAUGUGCGAUGGACAAUCACCUCAACUACAUGCUGUAGACUCAAAGCUGAAGAUGUGAAAAAUAAGCCAGCAGAGGUUUUAACGGUACAAACAAAAGGGCAAAAUUGACGAGAGGCAGCGCUUGAGGCAAAGUGGCAAACAAAAAUGGCCAAAGAGGAAAUCUGGUCAAAUUAUAGGUGUAAAUAGCAGUGACUUUUAUAUUCAGAGAUGAACACAGCAUUUGUGAUCUGGAUAGAAUGAGCUAUAGGCUUCAUUUGUUAGUUUGAGUGUUUGGAAAGUCAGGUGGCUGGCUCUCUGGCUCCGCCACCGGUGCUAAACUCAACCAGCAAAGAUGAAUUCUGCCUACUGAGCAGCUUUGUCACCAGCAAGUGUUAAAACAACAAUCUUUGAAUGAACAGAAGGGAUCUUAUAACGCAGUGGUUCCCAACCUGGGGUCAAUAAAUACAUAUGUUUAGGUUGAAAGAUGAUAAAGACAUAGUUCAACAUACUUCUGCUUCACAAAUCCUACUCAUUGCCUGACUUUUCUCUACUUUUUAUUUUAUUUGUGUUAUUGAAAUAGUUUUUUCUUUUCUUUUUGGGGUCUUAACAGCAAUCCAAAUGAGAAGACUAAACCUUUUUGGGUCAACUGCUCACAACUCAUAGACAUACUGUAUGCAAAGUGUGACAAGUGACCGCAGGAAGCUGCAUUUUUAAAAUGUAAGAAGCCAAAAAGGUUGGGAACCAUUAUUUUAAAAUGGAUGACGAGUUGCAGUUAGCGCUCCAAGCCCCUCGAGGAAUAGUUCAGUUUUUUGGGAAAUAUGCUUAUUCGCUCUUUUGCCAGGAGUUUGAUGAGAAGAUUGAUACAAAAUCUGUAUGGUAAAUAUGAGCUUAGCUUAGCAGAAAGACUGGGAAACAGGGGAAACGGCUAGCCUGGUUGGUUUACUAAUUGGUGCAUAAUAUGUAUAAAAAACCCAAAGUGUAAAAAUGACAGCUUGUCAUUUUACGGGGCUGAUUAUGCGACGGCCUAUUUCUUGGCUGGGUGCAGGGACAUGCUAGAGCCGUUACUUCCAUAUUUCCCAAAAUAUUGAUCUGUUCUUUUAACGUUGAAAUGGGUGUCCAUCUGAAGCCAAAUUAGCUUGAGUGUCACCGAGCAACCUCCCAACUGCUGCUGGUUUAUUUACAUUUUCCUGGAGUGCAGCUGCAGAGGAGGAAGCUGCAGGAGAGCAGCGUGUUCAGUACAACUGCGGCAGUGCUGCCCCCAAGUGUCUGAAUUGAGUGUACAUACUGCGAGUACAAUAAAUACAGCCGGUGGUACAGAGCGGGUCGGUGUGGCUGACUCCUGGGACUGGAAAACUGACAAACAAAACAAAAAUCGGCGCUAAAAUGUAGUUACUCUCAAUGGUUCCUCUGUCUUGGACUGAGAGGUGCCAACAGAUGCAGUUUAAUAUGUGUAAUCCACCAGCAAUCAAGGCGGAAGCAUAAUCAAUCUCCUUUUUUUGUUAUAUUGUCUGUUGUUGCUUCAGCACAGUGCUUUUACAUGCUUAUUGUACAGUUUCUAUCAGUGUUAUAUUCAUGGAGGGAGGUGUGCAUUGUUUACAAUAGGUUCUCUGCACUCUUUUCUGUCUCAUCACAGAGACUUUAAGAAAAUGACCAACCAGAAAAUGUUUACACCGAUUUUGUAGCAAGCCAGAGAUUUCAUGUUAUUGUCAUUGCGCAGUGUAUAGACUGUACAAAAAAAUGCAUCUGUCUUUUAUA